AUGGUAUACAACUUCAACCUCCCCACUACCUCACACCUCUCAUUCCAAAACUACAUCUACUCCAACACUCACCCCUCGCUCCCUCAAGCCGCGUCCACCGCCCGCCACACCCUCCGCAUCGCGCUCAAAACACACAAACGCUUAUCUCCCAGAGAACGAGAGAAUAAUUUACAGGUUGUUCUCAAUGCUUUGAAUGAGUAUAUACCAUAUCUAUUCACGAUAAAUGAUGGGUUGAGUGGACGAGGUAUCAAGCUCGCCGGUCACGCUCGCGGCGAGGAAGAGAAUAUUGAUAUCACACUCAAGGAGGAGAUAAGCGUUGAGUGGCGCCCUGUUCUGGUAUUUUCACUUUCGUCGAUACUCAAAUCAGCCGCUGCAACCGGUGCCGGGAAUGGGGACAAUCGCCUCCGAGGCCACGGGAUAGAUUUUGAGAUUGCCUUUGUGGUUGGGACCUUGGGGUAUGUGCUCUCCAAUAUGGCGCGGGCGACUGUUUUGAGGGUGCUGUAUGCGUCGACCACGCCUACAGCGGACCAAAAAGCAGCGGCAAUGCAGAAUGCGACGAGAUUGUUGCUUCAGGCGGGCUCGGCGCAUACGUUGCUUGCGAGGUCGUUUACGAUGUCGGAGGAGGUUGCGACGACGCAGGGGAAUAAUGUGCCGCAAUUGAAUACGACGGUGCAGACGGCGCUUGCAUCUUUGGCGUUGGCAGAAGCGACGCUUCUAGCGAUCUUAAAGGAUGAUGCGUAUACGUUUGCAUGUAUUCAAGCGCGCAACCCGAAUGAUAAAGAGUGGAUGGUCCGCGCGCCUGAGAUUCCGAAAAUGCGAGCUUUGAUUCUCGCAAGGCUUUGCGUCAGGAGUGCAGAGCAUGCCGAGCAAGCGUUGAGUGGUCUGGGGUCUGUUGGUGCAAAUCGAAACGGUGGUACCAUUGGAGACGCAGCAAAAAUCGACGAAGAUCUCGUCAAAUACGUCCAAAAUCUAAUCAAGGUUUCCCGCGCAAAAGCAUGUCGAUUUUUCGGUAUCGAUGCAGAAUUGAGUGAUAAAGUUGGCGAAGCAAUUGCCUGGCUUAGGGCCGGAAAGGGCGCAUUGGGGAUGAAAAGGGCUCUUGUACCGGAGGGACAAUCUGCAGCCGGAAAAACAGGUGCGUUCUCAAAAUUGAAAAAAGGGUGGUCUGAUCGUCGGGAUGAGCGACGGUUGGAGAAGAGUAGUGGUAAUGCCAACUUGGGGAGUUCAGGGAUUAUACAUGGGGAUGAGUUGGGUCGUGGUGAUGAUGCGGGGUGGGAGGAGGAGGCGAGAGUCAUUGAGAUGCUGGAGGCGAAGUGGGUUAAAAUGAAUAAUACUAUAAACACGCAACCCAUACCACCUUCAGAGCCACUGUUAUCAAAUCUCCCCUCUGGAAGGGACAUACAUUCUGCUCCAGCAGCAUAUAAGCCUCCAUCGUUGGAAGAGAGCGAGCUCAUCCGCAUGCGUGCACCGCCAGAUGAGGUAGACCAAUCGUUGUCUGGUUUGACGAUGGAUAAUGACAGUGAGGAUGAAGUCACCCCGGGAAGUGAAAAGGGUCUUCGGGAAGGUUUUCCUGGAUCAAGAUCUGCGACGGUAGGUAGCGAAUAUUAUUGA